AUGGCUGCGGCACGCGCCCUCGCCGCCCGUCGGCUGCUUCGCGUUCCCGGGCCGGCGAUUGCCAGGGCAUUCACUGCAGGUGCUUUUAGCCUCCCACGCACUGCAGCACCAGCAGUUUUGUGUCGCCACUUCUCCGGUCACCCGGACUUCGCCCCGCAGAGCAACAUCGCCGGGGCGGAAGAUAACAAAGUGCAGGAUAUGCUGAAGCAGCUGGUCUCAGAAAACAAGGUGGUGCUUUUCAUGAAAGGCAAUCCAGACAUGCCGCAGUGCGGCUUCUCCCGCGCAGUUGCACAGGCGCUGGCAGAUGAGGGCUUCUCUGACUACGCCUAUGUUGACGUGCUGAAAUAUCCCGAGGUGCGCGAAGGCGUCAAGAAGUUCUCAGAUUGGCCUACGAUCCCGCAGCUGUAUGUGGACGCCGAGUUCAUUGGCGGUUGCGACAUUGUCAUGCAGAUGCACAAAGAGGGGGAGCUCUCAAAAAUUUUGCCCAAGGCGAAGGAGUCCGCGUGA